AUGGAAAAUAGAGGUGACGGUGCUGAUGCUGAGCUUCAACUUGAUGCUGAUUUUGGGCCAGAUCCUGCCCAGACAUGUGCUGGAAAUGAAAAGGGUGACAAGGCCUCCAAGAUUCCAAGGUGCAGACGACCUAAUCUAUCCUCACUGCAAAUACCAGCAUGGUCACUAGAUAUUGCAUUAUCUACUUUUGCAAAGACCGAUAGUCCUUCAGUUUCACGAUCAAGUCCUGGUUCCACUAGAGGACUUCCUCCAAGGCCAAAUUCAGCCAAAUUCAGAUCUUCAAUGAGAACUUUACUUCCUCAGAGGAGCUUAAAGACAAAUACUUGUUCCCCGGAUAUUGAACGGACAGGUCUCAUAGUUCCUAAAACUCCCUUAUCAGAUGCUCCUUUGGAUAAACCUUCCACUUCAAUCCAUCUGUCUCUUAAAAAUAAGGUCAUCUCCCAAUCAACAAAAGGUGCACAUUCAUUACCAGUUACUCCAUUUGCAACUUCGGCUUCAGAGAAUGGACAUGGAAGACAUCUUGGGUGUGAUUCUAGUUCAAGUAAAAUGAGUGUUCGUCGGAUUAUGACUCGAUCAUUUUCUGUCCCAGCUAAUGGCAAAAGCACUAGUUUAAAGGUUACAGAUUCCAGGGGCUUGAUUCGUGUAAUAUCGGCAAAACCGCAUCUUCAAACUGUUGGUAGAUACCGAACUGAUGGAUCUUUGGUUCCAGAGAUUGCCAUUGAAGAUGCCCCCGAGGAUAUUCCAGAGGAACAAGCAGUUUGUAGGAUUUGUUUGGUGGAGCUUGGGGAAGGAGGGAGUACACUUAAGAUGGAAUGCAGUUGUAGAGGUGAUCUUGCACUUGCUCACCGAGAAUGUGCAGUGAAGUGGUUUAGUAUAAAGGGAAACAGGACAUGUGAUGUUUGCAAGCAGGAUGUCCAAAACCUCCCAGUAACACUGUUGAAAAUUUAUAAUCGUCAAACUAUUUUUAGGCAGACGUCAAAUGUGCCAAACCAGACAGAAGUAGUUUAUUACAGGAUCUGGCAGGAUGUACCAGUACUUAUCUUGGUCAGCAUGCUUGCUUACUUUUGUUUUCUAGAGCAACUAAUGGUUUCAGAUUUGGGCCCUCGUGCUCUUGCCAUUUCAGUACCUUUCUCCUGUGUUUUAGGUUUCCUUUCUUCUAUGAUUGCGUCAACUAUGGUGAGCAGGAGUUUCGUUUGGGCUUAUGCCUGCUUCCAGUUUGCAAUUCUUAUCCUCUUAGCUCAUGUAUUUUAUACUAUUCUGAAUUUGAAUGCCGUUCUCUCGAUUCUCCUUUCCUCAUUCAUUGGGUUUGGGAUUGCAAUCACUGUGAAUUCUCUGAUUAUGGAAUUUAUUGGAUGGAGAAAUAGGAGGAUUCAAUCUUCCAUUGAGAAUGCUAACAUGACAGAGCAGCAGCGUCGCGAACAUAUUCUUUGGAAUGCAACUACUAUCAAAUCUUGCACUUAUUGUGGUUACUCCAGUCAUAGUGAGAAUUCUUGCAAUCGUAAACAUGAAUUUCCCAUAAAUGGUGAUGUCAAAUAUGUUGUGAAUGUGGGGGGCCUCUACGAAAUGACUUGGACUAACAAGACAAAAUGCUUGAACCAUCAUGUGCUUGCUUUGAAGAUUAUGGAGGUACGUAUGGACGAAAAAAGGAAUGGGACGUUGAACAUACACAAUAAACUUGCAGCUAUUCUUCAUAAUGGACGCCACUGCAUUUUUGACUCAACAGAACUUCAGGCCAGAGUGAUAAUAUGGUUGGCAAGUAGAGAAAUGGUGGAAAGCAGAAGCUUGCAUUCUGAAGCAUUAUUAGUACAUAUUUCGCGAGGCCUCUCCAUAAAGAAAUCACUUGAGAAUUUUCUGCAGAGGAGAAGGAAAAGGAAAAGGUCUCAAAGACACAAUGAGAAAAAUUAG